AUGAACCAAGAAUUAGCAAAUAACCAAGAAAUAUUAACCAAAGAACCCUCAAUUACCCCAUCUGAAACUGGUCUCAACCAAAAAUUUUUUAAAGAAGUAAUUGAAAGUAGUCAACUUUCGGAAGAAAAAGAAUUGCAAAAAAGACCAGAUAUUGCGAUUACUGAACAAGAAUUUUUGGAUGAUUAUGCCAAACGAGAAAAGAAAACCCAAAGUAAACUAAAGGAUGAAAAGUUAAUCCAAGUCCAAACUAAUUUGGAUGAAGAAAACGAAAGAAAUAAAAAAUUAGGGCAAUCAAUUAGUCAAAUUUUAAAUAAUGUGAUUGUGCAAAGAUAUGCUCUGCCUAGCAGUGGUGAAAUUGUCGAUUUACAAACUUUAGCAUUAGCUCUUAGUUUAAGUUUCCAACCCGAGAAAAAAGAAUUAGCCUACCAAGUUUUAGAUUGGAUGGAUGAAGCCAAAGAAACUGGCGAUUAUCAAACUUUAUUCGAAAAAUGA